UCCCUCGAGUGGCCUUCUUUGAAUUUGUAGAAUAGAUUUUGUCCACAACUGGAGACAUUAAAAGAGGACACACUCUGGGUGGAAUUAAGAGACAUAUUAAAACAGCAGGACUGGGAUCAUGGACUGUUGCCAAAAAGGAUCUAACUUCACGGACCUGACCGGAUUUUGAAAUUGCAUUUGGUGAUCCACGCGACCCACCUUUUCAACAACAAAACUGCCCAUCUUUUCAAAAGCAGGAGACUUUAAUCUGUGGUUUAAAUGCAUGAAGUCUGAUCAUGUGCUGUUUAAUCAUAUUGCAUUUCCUAAUUUAGGCUCUUAUUUUUGUUUUAAACUAUGGAUAUGCAAAGGUCAUUUCUGAGUCCUGCAGUGUUUGAUUUGGUCAGUGAUGUGGACUUCAUGGAGAUGGUGCCAAACAAAAACGUUUUGGCGCCAAAGGAGACCCACAGCACAGAUUGCAAUGGACGAUACCAGGACUUGACUUCCAUCCACGCGCUCGACAUCUCAACAGCUCGAUCAAAUGACUUUUACGCGCUGUCAUCAUCGCCCACCGCGUCUCCGGUGCUGACCGUGAGCGCCAGUAACGGGAAAGCCAAACGCAAACGGGUGAUCAGCACCGUGCAGCGCCAGGCCGCGAACAUCCGCGAGCGCAAACGGAUGUUCAGCCUCAACGAGGCGUUUGACCGGCUGCGCAGGAAGGUUCCCACGUUCGCCUACGAGAAGAGACUGUCACGGAUAGAGACUCUGCGCCUGGCCAUCGUCUACAUCGCCUUCAUGACGGACAUACUCGAAAACAACUGAACUUAUAUUCAAUAUUUCAAAUGCAUUGUUUAGAUGAGCGUUUAUUAAGGUACACAA